UGCCAAAAGAGGUGGGGACGAGGCGCUUUCACACUCCCGAGCUGGUGUCCCUGGUGGCCCGAGUUCCAGCAUGAAGCUGCACUGCGAGGUCGAGGUGGUCAGUCGGCAUUUGCCCACUUUGGGGUUACGGAGCCGGGGUAAGGGCAUCCGGGCGGUGUUGACUCUGUGUCAACCGCUGUCCCGCGCCGGUGCGGAGCGCGGCGACCCUCACCCCGCCUGCCUGUGCAUCGCCACCAUGAAGGACAAGCGCGGGACCCGCUAUGAGCUAAAGGAGAACAUUGAGCAAUUCUUUACUAAAUUUGUGGAUGAAGGGAAAGCUACUGUCCGGUUAAAAGAACCUUCUGUGGACAUCUGUCUAAGUAAGGCCAACUCCAGCAGUUUAAAAGGUUUUCUUUCAGCUCUGAGACUGGCUCAUAAAGGUUGUGAUUUUGAUGCACCACUUUCAACACAAACACCAGUGAAGACUUCAGAAUUUGAGAAAUUUAAAACUAAAAUGGUUAUCACAUCCAAAAAGGACUAUCCUCUAAGCAAGAAUUUUCCAUAUUCUUUGGAACAUCUUCAGACUUCUUAUUGUGGUCUUGUCCGAUUUGAUAUGCGUGUUUUGUGUUUAAAAAAACUUAAGAAAUUAGACUUGAGUCAUAACCAUAUAAAAAAGCUUCCUGCUGGAAUUGGAGAUCUUAUUUAUCUUCAAGAACUUAACCUGAAUGACAAUCACUUGGAGUCAUUCAGUGUUGCCUUAUGCGAAUCUACUCUCCAGCAAUCACUUCGGAGUUUGGAUCUCAGCAAGAACAGAAUUAAGGCACUCCCUCUGCAGUUUUGCCAGCUCCGAGAACUGACAGAUUUAAAACUUGAUGAUAAUAAAUUGAUAAGAUUUCCCUUCAAAAUCGGACAGCUGAAAAACCUUCGUUUUUUGUCAGCAGCUCGAAAUAAACUUCCUUUUUUACCUAGUGAAUUUAAGAAUUUAUCCCUUGAGUACUUGGAUCUCUUUGAAAAUACUUUUGAACAACCAAAAGACCUUCCAGUUAUAAAGCUGCAAAUGCCAUUAACUUUAUUGGAAUCUUCUGCACGGACCAUAUUAUAUAAUAGGAUACCAUAUGGCCCUCAUAUCAUACCUUUCCAUCUUUGCCAAGAUUUGGAUGCUGCAAAAACUUGUGAUUGUGGAAGAUUUUGUCUAAACUCUUUUAUUCAAGGAACUACUACUAUGAAUCUACACUCCAUUGCACACACUGUUGUCUUACUGGAUAAUAUGGGUAGUACACAAGCACCUGUUACCUCUUACUUCUGUUCUCUAGCCUGUUAUGUAAACUCUUCUAAUAUGUUGAAGUAAUAAAUGAUACCACAAAAAUAAAUU